GCUCUUUCUUCCACUCAUACGUAGAGAUAAGCUCUACGCUCCCGCUUACGUAUGGCUUCUCAAACUUGGUGCCUCCUAGCUUUGCUUGUGACGUUGGUGGGCACCGAUGGAAGCCAUGCAGCACGCCAUCUUUUAGAUACUGCAGCGCCGGAGACUACUGCACCAGCUACGCCAUCCCUACCUUCGAUCCCUGCGCUGCCAAAGCCCGUCAUACCAUCCAUGCCGACACUGCCAAAGCCAUCUUUGCCUCCAAUGCCAACCAUGCCUUUGCCAAAGCUUGCGAUACCGCCCAUACCGGCCGGCCCGAUGCCUUCUGUGCCUAAGCCUGCAAUCCCUACAGUGCCUGUUAUACCAACCAUGCCCACUGCAACGUUGCCUCCGAUGCCAGCUAUCCCAUUGCCCACCAUUCCUUCCAUUCCAAAGAGCAUUCCUCCAUUGCCUUCGAUUCCAAUCACCAUGCCGUCCAUACCUGGUGUCCAGCUGCCACCCAUCCCUUUCCUCUCUCCACCCCCAAGCCCGUGAAUGCUGCAAACUAUUUAAACUGCAGGAAGAUGUGGAGUUCUUUUGAGCGAGACGUGUGAGGUUUAUUUCGGUUAUGUACUGCUGGCUAUGUAUGCUGUUUGUGCCAUGAAUCUGAGUGUUUAGCACCUUUAUUUGUUUGUUUGUAAGUGCUUUUGUUGGUUGGUUUUUAAUGUAUUAUUCACAUAUUGGAUUUAAUCUCUUGGUUUCAGGCCUGUUAGUCA